AUGGGUGUUUGUGCAGAAAUAUGUGCUGAUAAGCAUCUUAUAACUCGAGAUGAGCAGGAUGCUUAUGCUAUUCAGAGCUUUGAGCGUGGAAUGGUGGCACAAAACAGCAGUCUCUUUUCCUGGGAAAUCACACCGGUUGAAAUUUCAGGAGGAAGAGGAAAACCAAAGUCCGUAAUUAGUAAGGAUGAAGGUCUGGGAAAGUUCGAUGCUAUAAAACUUAAGAAGCUUAGACCGAGUUUCAAAGAUACUGGUGGUACUGUAACUGCUGGGAAUGCCUCCAUUAUAAGUGAUGGUGCAGCAGCACUCGUGUUAGUUAGUGGGGGAAAAGCACACGAGCUCGGUUUGCAAGUGAUUGCCAAGAUAAGAGGGUUUGCUGAUGCAGCUCAGGCACCUGAGCUCUUCCCAACUGCACCAUCCCUUGCAAUUCCAAAAGCCAUCUCAAAUGCUGGCUUGAGUGCCUCUCAGAUAGAUUACUGUGAAAUAAAUGAAGCAUUUUCCGUUGUAGCUCUUGCCAACCAGAAAUUGCUCAGUCUCAAUCCCGAGAAGGUGAAUGCUCAUGGGGGAGCAGUAUCUCUGGGACAUCCACUGGGAUGCAGCGGAGCUCGUAUACUAGUCACGUUAUUGGGGGUGCUGCGGCAUAAGAAAGGGAGAUAUGGUGUAGCUGGGAUCUGCAAUGGAGGAGGAGGAGCUUCUGCACUUGUUCUUGAGCUCAUCCCGGAUUCAACAGUUCGGCGAUCAUCCUUGUGA